CCAUCUCGUUCUGCAUCUCACUCUCUUUCUUUCGUUCUUUUUUUUUUGUUCAUUCAUUCAUCUUUCAUACUUCCUCUCCUCCAUCCAUUUAUUAUUCUCUCCUUCCUCCUCUCGCUCUUCCGCUCUUAGUCCUUCUUUCACAUCCAUCCAUCGGACAACUAGAAACGACCCCUUCCUUUUCUCAUCAUCUGUCUAUCUUCUCCCUGAAUAUCAGACAUGUCGCAGCCCCAGGUCGGAACCGGCAUCGGUAUUGCCAACUUGCCUAAUCAGCGCCACAAGAUUGUUGCCAAGCGUGGUGCCAACUUCACAAUGAUGGUUUGCGGUGAGUCUGGACUUGGAAAGACGACAUUCAUCAACACUCUCUUCACUACCACCAUCAAGACUCCCAAGAACCACAAGCGACGCUUCAAUAAGACGGCCGAGAAGACUGUUGAGAUUGAAAUCAUUCGUGCUGAACUUGAGGAGAAGCAAUUCCAUGUUAAACUUUCGGUGAUUGAUACUCCUGGAUUUGGAGACUAUACCAACAACCGCGACAGCUGGAUGCCCAUUAUUGACUUUAUCGAUGAUCAGCACGAAUCAUACAUGCGUCAGGAACAACAGCCCAAACGCCAUGAGCUGAGCGAUAUGCGUGUCCACUGCUGCUUGUAUUUCAUUCGCCCAACUGGACAUACCUUGAAGCCUUUGGACAUUGAGGUCAUGAAGCGCUUGGGAACUCGCGUCAACUUGAUCCCUGUCAUUGCCAAGGCAGAUACUCUGACUCCUACCGACUUACACAAAUUCAAGAAGCGUAUCUUGGAGGUUAUUGCAGCUCAGAACAUCCAAUGUUAUUCGUUCCCACUUGAGAGCGAUGACGAGGCUAGUACUAAGCGCAACAUGAGCAUUAUGGCUGCAAUGCCCUUCUCUAUCAUUGGCAGCACAGACGACGUCGUCGCUGCUGACGGUCGUACUGUCAAGGGACGCCAGUACUCCUGGGGAGUCGCUGAAGUCGAGAAUGAGGAUCAUUGCGACUUCAAGAAACUCCGCCAGUUGUUGAUUCGUACACAUAUGCUGGAUCUGAUCAGCUCGACUGAAGAAACUCAUUACGAAAAUUACCGCCAUGCUCAGAUGGAGACCCGCAAAAUUGGAGAGGCCAAGGUCAAGACUGUUACCAACCCCAAAUGGAAGGAGGAAGAAGAGGCUCUGCGCAAACGCUUCACUGAGCAGGUCAGACUGGAGGAGAACCGAUUCAGAUCAUGGGAACAACAGCUUAUUGCUGAGCGUGACCGUCUGAACAAGGAUCUGGAAGCAGAACAUUCACACAUCAAGGCUCUGGAAGCUGAACUCGAAUCCAUGCAGGUUGGCCUUUCUCCCAAGCGCAAGUAAAAAAAAAAAAAAAAAAGAAAAAAAAAA